CCUCGGAAAGGCCCCCCUCCACUUCCUCGGGUAGGUCGCGUCGUCUUCCAAGUUCCAUCCCCCGCUCCCCCACUCGCGGCUGCCUUCGCCAUGGCGGUGAAGGGGAAGGGCAAGCAGGUGGUCGCGGAAUCCCCUGGCUCUGGAGCCGGCGCAUCCGGGUCCGGCGGGAAGCGGCGGAAGGGCUCCGGCGACGCGGGGGCGGGGCCCUCGUCAUCCUCUGCGGCGAAGCGCCGCCGCCGCGCCGGAGUACUCCAGUUCGUGGACGACGCGGCCGGCGUCGACGACGACUACGAGGAGGAAGAGGUGCUUCAGUCCGAUGAAGAGGCCUCCGACCCCGAUGACGGUUUCUUUACUGGUGGGGAACAUGUACAAAAUAUCAGAACUGAAAGGUCACACCCUCUUCCUUCUCUUGUAAAGGAAGAGGAGCUUAGUGGUGAUGAACUUGAGGAAUUCAUCAUGAAUCGGUACAGUAAUGGUGUGAAAUAUGCUGCUGAUCGUAGCUAUUCUAGGGAAGAUGAUGACAUCUUCCCCAUGGAUGGUGCACUCAAAGAGCCUACUAUUUGGAGGGUUAAAUGCAUGGUUGGGCGUGAGCGCCAAAUGGCUUUCUGUUUCAUGCAAAAGUUUGUUGAUCUGCAAAAAAUUGGUACCAAAGUGCCAAUUAUCACAGCAUUUGCACUUGAUCAUGUAAGAGGGUUUGUUUUUGUUGAAGCGGAGAAGGCUUGUGAUGUUACAGAGGCAUGCAAAGGGUUUUGUAGUGUGUAUGCAAGCAGAAUUACUUCUGUUCCUGCAGCUGAAGUUCCUAGCUUGUUAUCCAGCCGUACAAAACCAUUUGAAAUCUCCCGUGGUACAUGGGUCCGCAUGAAGAAUGGAAACUAUAAAGGUGAUCUAGCACAGGUUGUUAGCGUGGAUAACGGACGGAAAAGAGUGCUGAUAAAAAUCAUACCCAGAGUCGACCUCCAUGCUAUUUCGAAAAAAUAUGGUGGUGCAAUUUCGUUAAAAGAUGCAGCAGUUCCUGCUCCACGGUUAAUCAGCUCUCAAGAACUAGAGUUCUUCAGGCCUCAUAUUGAAAUGAAGCGUGAUCGUCAGACUGGUGAAGUUUUUGAAGUACUUGAUGGUUUGAUGUUCAAAGAUGGUUUUCUAUAUAAAAGGGUUGCACUAAGUUCUUUGAUUUACUGGGGGAUACAACCAACAGAGACUGAACUUCUGAAGUUCUCUAGUCCGCUUAAUAGAGCUUCUGCUGAUGACUUGGAUUGGGUCUCCAGCAUCUAUGGUCCUAAGAAAAGGAACAUUCCCGCAGAACGAGAUAUUAAGUCACCUUCAUCUUCUAAAAUGAAAUCUUCCAAAACACCAAAAGCUUCAACUUCGACGGAAAAUUUUGAUGAUAAUGAUGAAUUCAACCUCCAUGAUCUUGUACUCUUUGGGCGAAAAGAUUUUGGUGUGAUUGUUGCUAUUGAGAAAGAGGGUUUUAGGAUAUUAAAGGGUGGUCCUGAAGGAUCUGCAGUGACAAUAAAAAAGAACGACAUUAAGAAAAGCUGUGUAGACAAAAUGUUUACAGCUGUUGAUCGUCAGAAGAAGAUAAUAUCUAUUAAUGACACUGUUAAUGUUCUGGAAGGCCCAUUUCAGGGUAAGCAAGGUGUUGUUAAACACUUGUACUUGGGCAUACUGUUUAUUUAUAAUGAAAGUGAAAGUGAGAACUGCGGUUUUUUCUGUGCUCAAUGCGGGUCAUGUGAAAAUGUGAAGAAACGGAAGGAUCUGGGAGGCUCUACUGCUGAAAACUUGGACAAUCCAAUUCCCAUGUUUGCUGAGCUUUCUUAUGAGCAAAAUGAGCAUCGGGCCCCUGAGAGGCCUUACAGAAGCACCAGAGAACAACUUUUCUCUAUCGGGCAGAUGCUACGCAUUAAAAAGGGUCCUUUGAAAGGCUAUCUCUGUCGAGUAGUUCGGAUAUUUCGGAAUGAUGUGACAGUUAAGCUAGAUUCUCUACUGAAGAUUGUUACAGUACAAGCUGAGUUUCUGUCAGUUCCAGCUAAUAGGGGGGAUAACUUGUCUGGUGCUCCAGCUGGCAAUUUUGGAAAUCAAGAUACAUCUUUCUUUGGUUCGGAAGCAGAGAAAACUUCAUGGGACAAUGGGUUGCCAUCUUUUGGCAGUGACUCAUGGCAACCUUUUUCAAGUUCCACCUUACCAGUCCAGAAUGCAGGUGGAGAAUCAGAAAAUGAUCCAUGGAGUAAGAAAAGUUCUGCUGAAGGUGAAUCUGACCCAUGGAGUAAGAAAACAGAUGGUGAUCCUGAUCCAUGGGGUAAUAAAGUGGCACCUGCUGAUGGUGAUUCUGAUCCAUGGGGUAAUAAAGUGGCAUCUUCUGCUGAUGGUGGUUCUGAUCCAUGGGGUAAUAAAGUGGCACCUUCUGCUGAUGGGGAUUCUGAUCCAUGGGGUAAGAAAUUGGUGGCUCCUGCUUAUGGUGAUUCUGAUGCAUGGGGUAAGAAAACAAUAUCUUCAGCUGUUGGAGUAUGGAACACUGGUGCUGCUCAGAAGGAAAGUUCCAGUGACAAUGUGUGGGGUAGUAAACCAGCUGGGGUUGGUGGAUCUGAUGCUGCUGGUAGCUCUUGGGAUGGAAUUGCAGUCAAUAAGGAGAGUGAAAAGAGUGACAACUGGGGAGAGGCUUGCAGGGUGGUGGACAUGGGUUCUGGAGCUGAUGCAGACCCUUGGGGAAGCAAGGUUAAAGCAAUAGAUACAGAAGGAACCAAUAGCUGGGAAAAGGCUACAAUGCCUCCAGACGGUAAGUUGGAGGGUGUCAUUCAAGGAUGGGGCCGACCUUUGGGCAAGUCAAAUGAAGACCAGGGAAAAGAUAAUAUUCCCAAAGAUGUGACCCACAAUGGGGCAUGGGAUACUCCUUUGCCUGUCACUGAAGAUGGUACCUGGGGCAAGUCAAAAGACAAUAAUGGUGAUGGAGCAGGUGGCUGGAAUGAGGCUAGAUCCUCUGACAAAAAUGGUGGCGCGGGAGGUUGGGAUACUUCUGCUAACUGGAAUAAAUCAUCUGCAGUUGGUGAAGCACAGGAGGAUGGUUGGGGCAAAGGAAAAGGAGCUUCAGACCAAGCUGGUUGUGGUGGUUGGGAUAAACCAAAAUCCUUUGGCAAUGAUGGUUCAUCAAGGUGGAACAAGGGAGAGGAAACUAGGGCAGAUGAUCAGAAUAACAGCUGGAGCAAGCCUGGAAACUUCGGGGGUGGACGUGGAUUUGGGCGGGGACGGGGUAGAGGUAGGGGUCAGGAAUCUGGAGGCUUUGAUGGCAGAAAUGAUCAAGGAAGUUGGAAGAGCUCAUGGGGUGGUGAGAAUGCUGGAAGGACCUCUUGGAGGUCUGAUAGUAAUGUAGACAAUGAAGUUGGAGAUUCUGGUGGAUACAGGGGAAGGGGAAGAGGAGGGAGGGGACAAUAUGGAGGGCGAGGGAGGGGAAGAGACAAUGGUUGGAGAAAUGGUGAUAGAAGCGAUUCUGGGUUUGGAAGGGAAAAUGACACUGCAGAUGGACAAAAUUGGGGAAAUAGAGGCUCUUCCUACUGGGAAAAAGAUUCAUCUAAUAAAGGUUCUUGGGGUGGUGGAGAUAAUUGGAAUGCCGCGAAUCCACCAAGUAACCAGCCCUGGAGUAGCAGUGGAGGAACAAAGUCAUUUGGUGAAAAUAAACCUUCUACUUGGAAUAGUUCGAAGGAUAGCAAACCAUCUGUAGGUGAACAAGAUGAUCCUUGGGCAAGCAAGGUGGCUUCUAUUCAAGGCAAUGAACACCAGAAUGAUAAUUGGGCAAGCAAGAUGACUUCUUCUGGUGCUGAGGAUAACAGUGGUGGCUGGAAUACCAGGGCAAAAGACUCCUGCACCGAUGGGGGUGAAGAAGGACAAAAUGAUCCUUGGGCAAACAAGACUGUUACAAAUAAAGAUAAAGAACAAGAAACUGAUCCUUGGACAAGCAAGGUGCCUUCUGGUGUGGGUUCUGAUGACAACAAUUCUAGCUGGAACGAUGUUGCAAAGGACACUCCAUCUGAGUUAAAGGCUGACGGUCCCUGGAGUAGUAAGGGGGGUAAUGAUAACAUCAAGAAAACUGAUAGCUGGGGUGCUGGCUCCUCAGGUGGGAAUCAGGAGUCUUCUUGGAGCAAACCAAAUUUCUCUUUAGGAGACCAGGCGUGGAGCAAGCCAAGGUCUGGUGAUGAUAAUGGUGGAAACAGUAGGGGUGGAUUUGGAUGUGGAUAUCGAGGCAGAGGGAGAGGAAGGGAUUUUGGGGAUGGUGGUUCCUCGUGGAAUGGAGGAGGCAACAGGAACGAUGAAUCGGGUGGCGAAAGGUCUGAAGAGCCAUGGAACAGGAGGGGUUUUGAAGGUGGCAGAGGUAGAGGCCGUGGUCGCUUUGGGCAAGGCGACCGAAGCCAAGGUAGCAGCAACUUUGGGUCUGGAGAUGGUGGCAGUUGGGGGUCUGGCAGGGGAAAUGGUGGCCGUGGCGGUUACAGAAACUGGAACAGCAACAAUGAGCAAAGGCCCUUCGGUCAAGGCAGUGGCUGGUCGGCUGACUGGAAUGGCAGCAAAGGGAGCGGCGAAGGAGGUCAAGCAUUUGCAAAAAGCAAGCCCAGCUGGGAAGCGCAAAAUACGUCUGGUGGAGAUGAUCAGGCAGGAAAGAGUGAUGCAAACAACUCCUGGAGUCAGAACAGAUCAUCUCCCUCUAUCCUGGGUCAGCCAAGCAGUGAUGCUAACAAGUCUAGCACAUGGGGUGCUUCUAGUGGCGGAGGUUCCUGGGGAAAGAGCAAUGACAAUAGCUGGAAUUCCUCAGGAGUAACCGCAGAGAAGUCUUCAUGGGGAGGUGGGCCAGAGGCUCCUCCCAAGAAAGAUGAUGAUGGCCCGUGGGGGAAAGCCAACGAGGGGAGCGGCAGCCAAGGAGGAGGUGGUGGCAGUUCCUGGGACAAAGCGGCGGAUGAUGGUGCGUGGAACGGCAGCAAGGGCGGCGGUUCCACCGGCAGUGGCGGAUGGUAAGCGAGCCAUGCAAUAAGCUGCGCCCCGUACUGGCGUGACAAUGUAAAUAGUGCUACCGUGCGGCCUGAACUUGUGAACCAGAUGCGUUUCUAGCCUUAGCGUCUGCUGGCACCCUUGCCACUUGCUCGAACUCGAAACCAUGGCCUAGAACCUGUUCGCCUUUCCAGUACUGGCAGUGGCGCGUGGCAGUAAUCGAGGUACCAUUGCUCCAUCGUGUUUGUGGCCUCUGCCCAUAUAACGUUUAUAAGCUUGUUGCUGUGGUGCUCAAAGCUGCCCGGUGAAAAUCUUUAGGAUGGCGUAGCUGUUUAUGUUUCGUGGAUGAUGUUUUAUGCUGUGGGUUCUAUCUGUUCCGACCUA